GACCCAGGAAGGGCGCUCCGGGCGGCCGCAUGGAGAGCGGCGGCGGGACGCCCCCGGCCGGGGCGCUCGGGGCGGCGGCCGAGCCACCGCAGUGCCCGCUGCCGCCGGGAGCCGAGGGCGCGGCCGGGCCGGUGGAGCCCGACGGGGCGGCCGAGGGCGCGGGGCCCGGGAGCGGGGGCGAGGACGCGGGCGGGCCGCGGCGGGCUCUGCGGGCAGUAUAUGUGCGCAGCGAGAUCCCGCAGGGCGGCGUGGCCGGCGGCCCCGAGGCGGGGGCGCGCCAGUGCCUGCAGCGGGCCUGCGAGGCCGAGGGCGCCCAGUUCACCUCCGUGCCCUUUGGGGAGCUCGACUUCGGGGAGACGGCUGUGCUCGACGCCUUCUACGACGCAGAUGUUGCCGUGGUGGACAUGAGUGAUGUCUCCAGACAGCCGUCCCUCUUUUACCAUCUGGGGGUCCGAGAGAGCUUUGACAUGGCCAAUAAUGUGAUCCUGUACCAUGACACUGACGUGGACACUGCUCUUUCGUUGAAGGAUAUGGUCACUCAGAAAAACACAGCAUCUAGUGGCAAUUACUAUUUCAUCCCGUACAUCGUGACGCCGUGCGCGGAUUAUUUUUGCUGCGAGAGUGACGCCCAGAGGCGUGCCUCCGAGUACAUGCAGCCCAACUGGGACACCAUCCUGGGUCCGCUGUGUGUGCCCCUGGUGGACAGGUUUAUUAGCCUCCUCAAGGACAUCCACGUGACCUCAUGCGCUUACUACAAAGAAACCUUAUUAAACGACAUCCGGAGAGCUCGGGAGAAAUACCAGGGUGACGAACUGGCACAGGAGCUGGCUCGGAUCAGACUUCGCUUGGACAACACCGAGGUUCUGACUGCGGACAUCAUCGUGAAUUUGCUGCUGUCCUACCGCGACAUCCAGGACUAUGACGCCAUGGUGAAGCUGGUGGAGACCUUGGAAAUGCUGCCCACGUGUGACUUGGCUGACCAGCAUAAUAUUAAAUUCCACUAUGCAUUUGCAUUGAACAGGAGAAACAGUCCUGGCGACCGCGAGAAGGCUCUGCAGGUCGUGCUCCAGAUUCUGCAGAGUUGUGACCACCCGGCCCCUGACAUGUUCUGCCUGUGUGGGAGGAUCUACAAGGACAUCUUCUUGGAUUCAGACUGCAAAGAUGACACCAGCCGAGACAACGCCAUCGAGUGGUACCGCAAAGGGUUUGAUCUCCAGUCGUCUCUUUAUUCAGGAAUUAACCUGGCAGUUUUGCUGAUGGUUGCUGGACAACAAUUUGAAACUUCCAUGGAACUAAGAAAGAUAGGUGUCCGGCUAAACAGUUUGUUGGGAAGAAAAGGGAGCUUGGAGAAAAUGAACAAUUACUGGGACGUGGGUCAGUUCUUCAGCGUCAGCAUGUUGGCCAGCGAUGUCGGGAAGGCUGUCCAGGCAGCAGAGAGGUUGUUCAGACUGAAACCUCCAGCCUGGUACCUCCGAUCGUUAGUUCAGAACUUGUUAUUAAUUCAGCGCUUCAAGAAACCUGCUAUUGAACAUUCACCCAGGCAAGAGCGGCUUAACUUCUGGUUAGAUAUGAUUUUCGAGGCAACAAAUGAAGUUACUAAUGGACUCAGAUUUCCAGUGCUGGUGAUAGAACCCACCAAAGUCUACCAGCCUUCAUAUGUCUCUCUAAACAGUGAAGCUGAGGAGAAGACCGUUUCUCUGUGGCAUGUCUCACCCACGGAAAUGAAACAAAUUCAUGAAUGGAAUUUUACAGCUUCUUCCAUUAGGGGAAUAAGCAUAUCCAAGUUUGAUGAGCGGUGUUGUUUUCUUUAUGUCCAUGAUAAUUCUGAUGACUUUCAAAUCUACUUUUCCACUGAGGACCAGUGUAGUAGGUUUUGCUCUUUGGUAAAAGAGAUGAUAAGCAACUCGGUGGGCAGUACAGUAGAGCUGGAGGGGGACACAGACGGGGACACCUUAGAGUAUGAGUAUGACCACGACGUGAAUGGCGAUAGGGUCGUGCUGGGGAAAGGCACGUAUGGGAUCGUGUUUGCCGGAAGAGACCUGAGCAACCAGGUGCGCAUAGCCAUCAAGGAAAUCCCGGAGAGAGACAGCAGGUACUCACAGCCUCUGCACGAGGAGAUAGCCCUGCACAAGUACCUCAAACACCGCAAUAUUGUUCAGUACCUGGGCUCCGUUUCGGAGGACGGCUACAUUAAGAUAUUUAUGGAGCAGGUGCCUGGGGGGAGCCUCUCUGCUCUUUUGCGAUCAAAAUGGGGACCAGUGAAGGAGCCCACCAUCAAGUUCUACACCAGGCAGAUCCUGGAAGGCCUGAAGUAUCUCCACGAAAACCAGAUCGUGCACAGAGACAUAAAGGGUGAUAACGUUCUGGUGAACACCUACAGCGGAGUGGUGAAGAUCUCUGAUUUCGGCACCUCCAAACGGCUUGCAGGAGUGAACCCAUGCACCGGGACUUUCGCUGGCACUCUGCAGUACAUGGCACCUGAGAUUAUCGAUCAGGGACCUCGUGGGUACGGUGCCCCGGCAGAUAUCUGGUCCCUGGGCUGCACCAUCAUCGAGAUGGCCACCAGCAGGCCUCCGUUCCAUGAGCUCGGCGAACCGCAGGCAGCAAUGUUCAAAGUGGGGAUGUUUAAGAUCCACCCUGAGAUUCCAGAAGCCCUUUCCCCGGACGCCAGAGCCUUCAUUUUAUCCUGUUUUGAGCCUGACCCCCACAAACGUGCCACCGCGGCCGAGCUGCUCCAAGCGGGUUUCUUAAGGCAGGUGAACAAGGGCAAGAAGAACCGAAUUGCUUUCAAGCCGGCAGGUUCAGGGAGCCCCUCAAGUGACAGCGAGAGUCCCCGGGGCACCGCCCUAGCCCUGCCCAUGCCGGGGGAGCCCGUGGGCAGCAGCAGCAGCGAGCAUGGCUCUGUCUCCCCGGACUCUGACGCCCAGCUGGAUAUCUUCUUCGAGAAGGCCCGGGCACCUAAGCACCGGCUCAGCCACCUGCUCAGUGUUCCUGAUGAGAGCUCAGCCUCCUCCCCAGAGGACAGGGACCCGGGCCUCUUCCUGCUGCGAAAGGACAGCGAGCGCCGUGCCAUCCUGUACAAAAUCCUCUGGGAGGAGCAGAACCAAGUGGCUUCCUACCUGCAGGAGUGCGUGGGGCAGAGUUCGGAAGACUUGCAUCUCUCGGUUGGCCACAUCAAGCAAAUAAUUGGGAUCCUGAGGGACUUCAUCCGCUCCCCGGAGCACAGAGUGAUGGCCUCCACGAUAUCAAAGCUGAAGGCGGACCUGGACUUUGACAGCUCGUCCAUCAGUCAGAUUCAUCUGGUACUGUUUGGAUUUCAGGAUGCUGUAAAUAAGAUUUUGAGGAACCACCUAAUUAGGCCCCACUGGAUGUUUGCGAUGGACAAUAUCAUCCGGCGAGCGGUGCAGGCCGCGGUCACCAUCCUCAUCCCAGAGCUCCGGGCCCACUUUGAGCCUGCGUCGGAGACCGAAGGGGUGGAUAAGGACACGGACGAGGCAGAAGAGGACUAUCCCCAGGCAGACCUGCCUGGCCGGCAGGCACAUGUGGCGCUCAGAGGGAGCAGCCCCCCUUCAGCGGGUGCCCCCCAGCCCCAGCAGCUCCAGCACCAGCACCUGAGCCUCCAGCUGGGCGAGCUCAGACAGGAGACCAACAGACUUUUAGAACACCUAGUUCAGAAAGAAAGAGAGUACCAGAAUCUUCUCCGGCAAACCCUAGAGCAGAAAACUCGAGAAUUGUAUCAUCUUCAGUUACAGUUCAGACCUACUGGUGAGUAAGUUUUCACUUGCUUGGACUUGUGUGAGAGCACCUGAAAUGUGGCUAAGGUUCUAGUCAGCCUUGCCACAGUUACUGCUUUACUAGAGAGUAACUGUAUGUUCUGGAAUACUCAGUAAUAGAAAAACUGGCACAUUCAGAAACGUGCGUGAAUCACACAUACAUCAUGCUCCGUGAAUGCCGACUAAAAGGGCUACACACCGAGUCCCUCGAUACAGAAUAUGGACGCAAUUGUCCAUUCAAGGCAAAAUUCGAGGGACAGAAAGCAUCACAACGGCGGGGUGGGGGAUUGAUGGUAAAAGGCUGCAAGAACUUCUGGGGGUGAUGGAAACGUGUCAUCGGGAUGGUUACGUGACUCCUCAUCCAAGUUCACAGCACUGCAUACCUAAAAAGGGUGACUGCAGAAAUCAAACCUCAGUAAACCUAAUUCAUUUCAUGCCACGUACAAAAGAGCCACAGCCAGCCACCUCUUGGGAUGUGGGAGGGGCGAGCGCGGACACAUCUCAGUACUGAAUUCCACGCCCUCAUUUGAUUUCCAGCGUAGCUAAAGCUGGGACUUCUUAUAAAAGGCAUUUUAAAAACUGGAAUAAGCAUUUAAAGUAGU